AUGGAAAGCGUUGUGGAGAAUACAGAGGAGCUGCAGUUCCAGCCGCCAGCUUACUCACAUGUUCUUGACUUGAAUGGGUUUCUUUCACCGCAUCAAAAUGACUCUGCAUUGUUGAUUUUGAAUCAAAAGAUCAUGGUAACUGGUGUGUUCGAAAAGCUAUGGAGAAACUACUUUUUGCAUGUUUGCGCAGACGGAGGCGCCAACAGACUGUAUGAAUACUUUGAUAACGAUGAGGACCGCUCGAGACAUAUCCCCGACUACAUUGUUGGCGAUUUAGACUCUGUUAGAGAAGAUGUUCUGCGCUUUUAUAUUCAGAAGGGUGUAGCCAUCAUUCGUCAAACGUCGCAGUAUGCGACGGACUUUACGAAGAGUCUUCAAUUGAUCUCGCUUCAUUUCUUCUCCUCUUCUUUUCACAAGGUUACACGGUCUUCGGGGAUAGACACGAAUUAUGGUAUAGAAGAUUGCCACGGUAUUCAUACGCUUUACCACUCGGAGCGAAAAAUCUGGGUAGACCGUGACGUGGAUCUCCUGGUUCUUAAUGCCAUAGACGGGAGGUUUGACCAGACUAUUCACUCCAUAACACAGCUGUAUGCCACUGCCAGAACAGAUGCGUAUUAUCGUCUUUGCUACCUGACAACAACGGACCUCAUAAUGCUUGUUCCUACAGGCGGGGCUCUAAUCAAAUACAGCAAAAAGUUCAAAGAAGAAUGUAUAAAAAACUGUGGCCUCCUACCUGUUGGGAAGCCGUCGGUUAUCAGGGCAACACGCGGCCUGAAAUGGGAUGUCGAAAACUGGCCAACAAGCAUCAUAUCCGGGAAGGUCAGUAGCAGCAAUAGAUUUGUAGGGGAUACCUGCUGCUUUUUUGACGUGGAAGACCCUAUGGUUUUGAAUAUCGAGCUCAACCUGGAAAAGCUAUCGAUGUUCAUGUGA